CCAUUUUCCCUCCUUCCCGGAGCAAUGUCCAGAGACAUAGUCUACGCUGACAUCAAACUUCCCAGGAAAAAUCCUACUCCUUCCAGCCUUUCAGCUCCAACUCAAACCCAGGAUUCCCUUCAAUCCGGGCAGAGGCUCAGAGCAGCCUUGAAAUUGGCAUGUGCUAUGAUCGUUCUCCUCCUGAUAGCAGUGAUCGCUCUGAGCAUUUUAGCGGUGCCCAGACGACGAACGUGCCCAGCAGAAUGGAAGAUGUACCGAGGGCAAUGCUAUUGGUUUUCCAAAAACAGUGAAAAGAAAACUUGGGACCAGAGCACCGCAUUCUGUGCAGAGAAGAAGUCAAAUCUGGCAAAGAUUCAGAACAUAUGUGAUGUGGGCUUCCUGUGGUCACAGAUCCCAACCUCAAAGUAUUAUUGGAUUGGGCUGCACAUUCCGAGACCUGGGGGCAACUGGACCUGGUUGGAUGGCUCUGCCCUAGACUGGAACCUGCUCCAGGUUAAAGACUCAGCUGGAAACAACACAUGUGCUGUGCUCUCAAGGAAUGGGAUUUAUUCUGAAAACUUUAAGGUUGAAAAUGCCUGGAUCUGCCAGAAGUAGUAUGACCCCCUGAGCCCAAGGGAGGUUCCUGCUCCUUGGCCCUGUGUCUGAAGGGGAUGCAUGGACAGCAUGUGCCCUCCCUCUGAUCCCCGAUGUCCCAGCAUAGCCUGGGGCUUGGUGGGGGGGGACAGAGAAUAUCAUCUGGGUUCUUUCUUUUCAUUCUGUAGCUGAGUAGGGUGGUAACUAAAGGAAACAAAUUGCCCUUGGAGGAGGAGGAAGAGGAGGAGGAAGAGAGAAUUGCAUUUCCAACCCCAUUCCUCCCUCCCUCCCUGGCAUUGGUGGGAGGAGUCUGAAUCUUGAGGAAGAGAAGUAUCCAAACUCAGCUUCUCGAGUUCUCCCAGCUCUAUCUACAAUGUCCCCUGGGCCAAUUGAUGACUCCUCAGUGGACACAUCUACCCUAAGGACCUUGCGGGAUGGUUUGCUAAAGUGAAGAGAGCUUUCAGAGCCAGCCUAUGACUAGGAGAGCAAGACCUAGCAGCCACAUUUUCAGUCCAAUAAAAGGAGCUUGCAAACCCGGGUUUCACAAUUCACCUGGGAUCCCAAGGCUGAGCUUGUCAUCAUGCAAUACUUCCGAUUGGCCUGGGAGUCUAUCUGAUUGACAGCUGCUGCCCUGGACUGAAAUCAACCCCGUGUGUCUCUGGGCUCUGCUGCCAGUGAGCCUGCACACUGGGAUCUGCCCUAAGGAUCUCCAAGCCGGCAGCGGAGAGGGGCUGGAAAAUCCAAAAGACCGUCUCUGACGGUGACAUCGAUGUUCCUCAGCUGAGAUAAGUGACAGGAUGAGUGUGCUCUAUCUGACCUGUCCACGAUGCCCUGCGAUUACUCUCAUGUCACUGAUGCUGUCGGCAUGGCUUGUCUUGAGUAGAAACGUAGCCAGAACCAAGUUUCCAGAAGAAACUUUCCCCAAAAACGCUCUUGUCUUAUAUGGAUCACCGAAGUCCUGGUUAACUUAAGACGUUAUGGCAUUUACACACGUCAAAUGAAAACAAGGAUUAUUAUUGAAAUUGCCCAGCUGGAGUUACCCUAACAAAUACUUUCUACUAAAGGUACCUUUCCGUUUCUGC